AUGCACAUUUGGCGUCAAGCGUCUACUUCCUUUGUCACAAGUUCAUAUUCCUUCGAUAAUUUCGACAACCAUAUCCGUAAUAAUAAUAACAAUAGUGAAAGUUGUUUUUUAGAUUUAGAUAUCUUGAAUAACUCUUCACUGAACUUCGUUCGCCCUGAUUCUCAGGGGCCCUCGCAUACUGCUGCUAUGACGGCCGCACGAAGAGUAUUACGUGAUCAAGGAUUACCUCGAAAAAAAGCUAAUUCUAAAGAGGAUGAUAAAGUUGAUUCAAAAUCAACGACGACAAAUCAUCCAAUAUCAAAUAACCUUGGUGGUGGUAAUGAUAAUAGUGGCUGGGCUGCACCAAACUCAUGGUGGCCUACUGCUCAACCUGCACCUGUUAAAUCACGGGAAGAUUCAUUAUCAGAGGCACAUGCAAAAUUCUCGAUCCCAAAAGCACCGAAACCUCAUAAAUACGAUACAGAACAAAUAAAACCAGGAGUUCAUCCUGUUCUGUUUAACAGAAUUCUAAAAUCUGCGAAAAUUGAACCGAUAAAUAAAAAAGAAAUAGGUAAAAUUACGGGGGAUCCAAUAGAAGAUCAAGAAACAAUGGUCGAAAGAGUGAAUAAUGAUUAUAGAGUCAGCGAUGAUCGUCAUCAUCAUCAUUCGAAUCAUAAAUCUGAUACAAAAUCUGAAUUGAUAGAAGCCUCUCCAUCAUCACAAGAACAACGAUUUAAACAACACGAACCCAUUCCAAUGCUUCAUGUACAAACUAACCCAUCUGUUCGUCGUGUAUCAGCACCUUCAUUCACAUAUGCUUAUUUCUCAGCACCCGCUGCUAAUUCAACCAAUCCAUUCUUUCAAUCGGCUUCAACAUAUGGGAGUGAACUAUCGACUGACGUUAAAUCAUCCACCACAACCCCCAAAACAGUGACAACGAAAACAACAACCGAUACUUACCUAGAAAAACAACAACGAUACACGCGAGAAAUUAAUUAUAACCAACAGAGAAUCCCUAAUAUAUCAUCAACAAUAACGACCACGACAAGUAAAAGUUCUAUUGUUUCUUCUACGACCACGAGAAGAAGUAGUCAAGUGCAAUUUAAUAUUCCAAGCAGAGAAGAGGGUGAUGGUGAUGAUGAGUCAAAGAGUAUUUCAACUGAAAAUCCGUUCACUACAAAUCAUGCAUUCUCGGCCCCAACAAUCUCAAGUGAUGCUUACAGUGGAAUUAGAUCACCGGCUGCUUCUUGGCUUGGAUUUUUAGCUGAUAGCACUUGUACUACCCCAAUGCCAGAUGAUGAAGGCGAACAAGUCGGUGAAUAUAUUUUAGGAAAAGUUAUUGGUCGUGGUGGUUUCUCGACCGUACGUGAAGCAUAUACUACCUUAGACUCAGGGUCUUUGGAAAAAUUUGCGGUUAAAAUUAUCAAAAACGAUCCUGACUCGGAAAACAAUGAUCGUCUUCAGGCAUUGCUUCAACGAGAAAUAGAAAUAUGGCGACAUCUUGAGAAUCCUCAUAUCGUUCGAAUGAUCUCAUACGAAGAAACAGAUUACGCUACAUUUAUAUUUGCGGAAUUUUGUCCAGGUGACACCCUAUUACAACACAUUAAAAAAUCCAGCAAUGAGUAUCGAGCAGGAUUAGACGAGGAUGAAGCACGUGAAAUUUUCCUCCAAAUUGCUGAAGCUGUUAGAUAUCUUCAUAAUGAUAUGAGACUUGUCCACAAAGACAUAAAAUUAGAUAAUGUCCUAUUAUCUAGGGAGGGCACGUGGAAACUAGGUGAUUUCGGUCUAACUGAAUAUCAGAAUGGUGGUGAUUCUAAUGAUUUAAAUAAUUCACGACGUGACGAGUGUGCUGGAGGAUCUUUGGCUUAUUGUCCACCAGAACAACUUCGUUCCAAGAUCCCUAUUAAAAAUCCUUCUGUUGACAUUUGGAGUCUUGGUGUCGUGCUAUAUGCUUUGGUUACCGGUCAAUUACCUUAUAAUGACGAUUUCGAGCCACGAUUACAAUACAAGAUUCUCAACGGAAGAUUCGAUGAUUCCCCAUUGAGAGAUGCAAAUGUGUCUGAAGAUCUUCGUGAGCUUCUAAAAGGCAUGUUUAAAACAAAACCGGAACAACGACUUACAAUUAACGAAGUGAUAGACAAUC